UCAGCAGCAGUGUUCACACGGACUCGGUGCAUAGCAACAGGUCAGUGCGCCCUGAGCACAACAUUAGCAUUCACCAUGGACUAGGACUGAGGCCCACUGAGCAGAAAUGGGAGCUCCUGUUUCCCCGUGACUUGUGAUUAUUUCUCCCCGUCCAUCAAUCAAGCCUCUGGCAAAGUCAGAGAACAGCAAUGUGAGUUGAACGUGCUCCGGUGUGAUGGCAUACAUCCUGGGGUCUGUAUUUACGUGGACAUUCAAGGGGAUACUGUGCACCUGCAGGUUCCUUUGGAUAUGUCCUUACAAUGCGAUCAAAUUCUUACCACGGAAAAAGCCUAUUCUGGAGGACACAAACUACCAGCCAAAACAAUUUACAGGUUGUGAACGGAAAGCGAGUCCCGCCAUACCUGGCAGCCCUGACCGUACAGGUGUCCUUCACGACAGACUGACCAAAACUGAGAAGGAGAUCCUGUCUCUAAAGACCAGGAUAGCCUGUGAAAAGGCAUCAUGGGAGAGGAGGUUUACAGAGCUGCAGAGAAAACACGAAGAGCUAUGCAACCAGCUUGUCUCAGAAAUUGGAAUUUUGAAAGUGGUCAACUAUGACAACAAAGGAGAGAUGGAGGUGGACAAUGGAGAAUUAUCUGAUGAAAGCUCAGGCAGUUCAUCACGAAUAAUAGGAUCUGAAGGGUCAUCAAGAGGCAACACUUGUGCAAACAGCUUGUCGGGCAGCCAGUUAUCAUUAUCAUCAGCAUCAAGCUCCAGGUCGUCCUCUGCCCAUUCUUUAACCACCAGUGUGGGUUCAUGGAGGACGUCCCAUGGGCCUCACCGGGUUUUUGUCCCCCAUUCCCCUAUGGACUUGCAGCUGGGUCACCGGGUCAGAGUCAUGCUGCCGUCUAGUCGGAUUAGCACAGGAACUCUUCGCUUUCUGGGCCACCUGCAGGGGGAGCCAGAUCUCCACCUGGGGGUGGAGCUGCAAACACCUGAUCAUGGCCUGCAAGAUGGCAGCCACAUGGGACACAGCUACUUUGAAUGCAAGCCUGGAUAUGGUGCCUUUGUACCAUUCAACAAACUGCUGAUGGCCUGGGAAUGAUAAAAACACAGUCACAUGGAAACUAGCAGAGCAGCCUAUCUGGAUGUAUCAACAGAUUAGAGGAACAACUGAAUGCAAAACACCGGUUAUAGUCAUGCAUCUGAUCCAGCUGUCUGAAAACUACAGUGGGGUAAAGCUCAUGUCAAAGCAAGCACUAACAAUACAUACAUGUCUUUUAAAUAUGUGAACAGAUAUAAAUUCAAGUGUUAUUCACAAUAAAGUAUUAACAUUUCGGUAAA